AUGUCUCCUUCAAGUAAGAAGCAUGUCUUGGUAGGGUUGCUUGGCGUGGGGAGGAAGUUACAAAAAGAUUUCAAUCGCCUUGCUGAAGAUGCAGAUACAUCCACUUUAAAGGGUCUCAGCUAUGUUUUAAACGAGGCAACAUUGGCUUUGUUGAGGCAUCCGGACUAUUGCAUUGCUUGUCAUUCAUCAGUGGAUGUCGAGUGUAAAGAAGAAGAGGGAGAGAAGCUAUUUAAUCAACUCUCCAUUGAAGAACGGAGAAAGGUCGACGAGGAGACAGUUGUGAAUGUGGAUAGCAUUAAGAGAAAUGUCUCGAAAUUUCGGACAGCUAGUGCACGUGGUCUCCCCGGCCAGUACUGA